AUGGCUUCAGAUAGCAAAAUCAUCCUCUACACCAACCACAGGUGCCCUUGGGCUCAUCGUGCUCAUAUCGUCCUCUCUGAGCUCAACAUCCCCUUUGAGGAAGUUAUCAUCGACUUAGACCGCCCUCGAGACCCCUGGUACCUUGAAAUAAACCCUCGAGGGCUAGUUCCAUCAAUCAACUAUAAUGGGACUAUCCUCACAGAGUCGGGGAUCAUCUCCCAAUUCCUAGCCGAUGAGAACCCUUCAGAUUUGCUCCCAGCUUCGAAUGCGCCCGGCGGCGCUCUGAAGCGGGCGCAAAUCGGCUUUUUCGUUGACACGCUGUUCUCCAAAACCCAGGGACAUCUCUUCAAAUUAGGCUCUGUGAAUUCUGAAGCUGAAUUUGAGAAAUUGGCGGGCGAGUAUGUCGCUGCAACAGCCAAAGAGGUCGAGCCGCUCCUCAAAGAUGCAGCACCCUUCUUUGGUGGCAGCAAGAAGCUCACCUUUGCAGAGGUGCUCUCUGGCUCAUUUAUCAUCCGUCUUUUGACGCUGAGUUCAGCUGGCGUCUAUCCAGCCAGCAUCGUUUCAGGCCUGAAGGAGAAAGCCCCCAACUUUUAUAAAUGGGCCGAGGCGAUCUCUGCACACCCAAGUGUGACAAAUAUUUUUGACAAGGAUGCCAUCAUUGAAGGCACCAAAGCCAGGCUUCAGAAACAGCGAAGCCAGAUCUAG